UGUGAAAAUAUGUAAAAUAUGUAUAGUGCAUGCUUUUUUGGUCUAUAUAUAUAUACCAAAAAAACAUGCACAUAUAUUAUCAAUCAUGGCUAUACAUAUUUUCACAUCACAUGGAUCCUAGCUCAUAUAUAUAUAUAUAUAUGGCCCCAUCUCCUGGCUUACUUAAUCUAAUUAGUCACUCUAAUAAAUUCCAUAUUUAGAGUUCUUGCAACUGUGUCCGUUUUUUGUUGAAUAAAUGUUCUAUGUUCUAUGUUGGUUUUCUCUCUUGCAUUCAUCUUUAAAACCAAGGAGUUGCUGUUGUAAACUUGGAUUCGAACAGGUGAGAUUUCCUUGGAGACCAAAGAAGUUUAUAUGUUUCGCCAAAAUUUUAGUAGGGGUCCUCUCAAAAUAUUGACGAGGUGGCUCAUAUUCCUUACUAUCUUGCAAGUUGGUUGUGCUAUCAAAGAUCCUGAUGUAGAAGGUGAAGCUCUGCUUGAUGUUUUGCAUUUCCUCAAUGAUUCCAAUAAGCAAAUAACGGACUGGGACAGUUUUUUAGUGAGCCCGUGCUUCAGUUGGUCUCAUGUCACUUGUAGAAACGGGCAUGUCAUAUCCCUGGCCUUGGCUUCAGUUGGAUUUUCUGGAACACUUUCUCCCUCAAUUACCAAAUUGAAGUAUUUGUCUAGCUUGGAAUUACAGAACAACAAUCUUUCAGGACCCUUGCCUGAUUACAUUUCCAACUUGACAGAGCUUCAAUAUCUAAAUCUUGCUGACAAUAGUUUUAAUGGUUCUAUACCAGCUAAUUGGGGUGAACUACCGAAUCUAAAGCAUCUGGAUCUUUCAUCUAAUGGUCUUACUGGAAGUAUCCCAAUGCAACUCUUUUCAGUUCCAUUGUUUAACUUUUCAGAUACGCACCUCCAGUGUGGCCCUGGCUUUGAGCAGUCUUGCGCUUCUAAAUCUGAAAAUCCAGCUUCAGCCCACAAAUCAAAAUUGGCAAAAAUUGUACGUUAUGCAAGUUGUGGUGCAUUUGCACUUCUGUGUCUUGGGGCUAUCUUUACGUAUCGACACCAUCGAAAGCACUGGCGAAAAAGUGAUGAUGUCUUUGUUGAUGUUUCAGGUGAAGACGAGAGUAAAAUUUUUUUCGGGCAAUUGAGAAGAUUUUCUUGGCGUGAACUCCAACUUGCCACUAAAAAUUUCAGUGAAGGCAAUGUAAUUGGUCAGGGUGGCUUUGGAAAAGUGUACAAAGGAGUACUCUCUGAUAACACAAAAGUCGCUGUGAAACGCCUCAUUGAUUAUCACAAUCCUGGUGGAGAGGCUGCGUUCGAGAGAGAAGUUCAACUAAUAAGUGUUGCAGUUCAUAGAAACCUCCUAAGACUAAUUGGAUUCUGCACAACCACAACUGAAAGAAUCCUUGUGUACCCUUUCAUGGAAAAUCUAAGUGUAGCAUAUCGACUGAGAGAUUUAAAACCUGGUGAGAAAGGCUUGGACUGGCCAACAAGGAAACGCGUGGCUUUUGGCACUGCCCAUGGUUUGGAGUAUCUACAUGAGCAAUGCAAUCCUAAGAUAAUACAUCGUGAUCUAAAGGCUGCAAAUAUCCUACUAGAUGAUGAAUUUGAAGCUGUUUUAGGUGAUUUUGGGCUAGCCAAGCUGGUUGAUGCAAGGAUGACUCAUGUUACCACUCAAGUGAGGGGCACAAUGGGUCACAUUGCCCCUGAGUAUUUGUCCACCGGAAAAUCUUCAGAGAAGACUGAUGUUUUUGGAUAUGGCAUAACACUUCUUGAACUAGUCACCGGUGAGCGUGCAAUAGACCUCUCUCGGCUUGAAGAGGACGAGGAUGUUCUUCUGAUUGAUUAUGUGAAAAAGCUGCUGAGAGAGAAACGGUUGGAGGACAUUGUGGAUAGAAAUUUGGAGAGUUAUGAUCCAAAGGAAGUUGAGACGAUUCUUCAGGUUGCGUUGCUUUGCACCCAAGGCUAUCCCGAGGAUCGUCCAACCAUGUCAGAGGUGGUAAAAAUGCUGCAGGGAGUUGGGUUGGCAGAUAGAUGGGCUGACUGGCAGCAACUUGAAGAGGCUAGGAAUCAAGAAUUCUCACUCAUGACUCACCAAUUUGUUUGGAAUGAUGAAUCUACUCUUGAUCAAGAAGCCAUACAGCUUUCCAGAGCAAGAUAAGCAGAGCUGGAGAGUCAAUUUUGAAAUUUGGUAGCUUGUUAUGGCAUAGAAUAUAACAUAUACUUGUAUGUACUUCAAUGUACUCUAAAGGAAAAUAUAUAAUUACCUAAAAAGGCCUGUGUUUGUAUAAUGCUGGAUGUACAAUGGAAAAGAAAGGAAAGGAAUGAGGGAGAUUUGGCACAGGCUGCAUAUCUGAACAAGGGAAAAUUCUUGUUGCAAUAUGUAUAUCACAACUAUGUGUUGCUUUUGUAACCUUGGAAAUGGCUUGUGCUUGUAAUAGUUGCUAUAUUCUUUCUUUUCUAGCUUCUUCUAGUUUUUGGUUUUCAGGAUUCAAUCACACUAAACCUUAGCCUAUCCUACAUGAGAAGGUUUCCAAACUCAAUGUCAUUACGCAGCAGGGGAGUGCUCAAAAAGUUUUAGCUUGAAUAGCUAGAGAUGUUGUAUGUCUGACCAUGAAUGCCAUGCUAGAUGGGGGAAUGGGCUUUGCAGGAAAAAAAAUCAUAUAUAUGUAAUUUCUUACUUGACUUUCCAGAGGGUAUGUAGCAUAAAUCCAAAUGAUAUGCCCCACAAAUCCUCUGAGUGCAAUCUGCCAUGCAAAUUAUCAGGGCUGCGAAUUCAUAAGAUAAGCUUUGUUCA